AAGAAGAAGCAGAAGAAGAAGAAGACUUGGAAGAAAAAAGAAGAAGAAGAACUACAUAAACAAUAGACACUUUCUAGUUCCUUGUUGUGGAUUAUUGUGAUAGUUUUCGGGGAGCUGUUUGCGGGGCUCCACUGAUUGGAGAUGUGGCUGUAGUUUGCUGCUCUUAUGGCUUUAGCAGCAGCAUGUUUUGACACAGAAUCAGGAUGUUUUCGACCAACAUGGAAACAAAAAGAGUGGAUAUCCCCACCGGUGUACUGGACGACCUUUGCAGCCGGUUCAUUCUGCACAUCCCAAGUGAGGAGAGGGACAAUGCUAUCCGGGUGUGCUUCCAGAUUGAGCUGGCCCACUGGUUCUACCUGGACUUCUGCAUGCAGAACACCCCAGGAGCUCCUCACUGUGGAAUAAGAGACUUCGCCAAAGCAGUGUUCCAUCACUGUCCCUUUCUUUUGCCCCAUGGAGAGGACGUUCAGAAGAUCCUGGAACAGUGGAAGGAGUACAAGAUGGGUGUCCCUACUUAUGGGGCAAUCAUCCUAGAUGAAGCACUAGAGAAUGCACUGCUUGUUCAGGGCUACCUUGCAAAGUCAGGCUGGGGAUUUCCAAAGGGGAAAGUGAAUGAGGAUGAAGCUCCUCAUGACUGUGCAGUUCGUGAAGUGAUGGAGGAGACGGGUUUUGACAUCAAGAAUCGUAUCUGCAAAGACAUGUACAUAGAGCAGAAAAUCACUGACCAGGUAGUACGGCUCUACAUCAUACCAGGAGUGUCAAAGGACACCAAAUUCAACCCCAAAACAAGGAAAGAAAUCAGGAACAUCGAAUGGUUUCCUAUUGAGAAGCUGCCAUGUCACAGGAAUGACAUGACCCCAAAGUCUAAACUUGGACUUGCACCAAACAGGUUUUUCAUGGCCAUUCCAUUCAUAAGACCGCUGCGAGAAUGGAUCAGCAAGCUGAAAGGCGAGUCAACGGACAGCGAUGAGGACAGCAAUACUCCAGGCAAACCUUCAGACAACGCUCGGUCAAAAUCCCACCGCCUCACUGAUGGAUUCCCAGGAGACGGCUGGACAAAACACAAGCAGCAGAAGGCUCUGAGCCAGCUGAGCCAGUAUGAGCUCAACCAGAACCCAAAUGUGAAGGGAAAUGGUAAGAAGGACUCAUCUUAUGUAAAGAAAGGAGCCAAUGACAAUGGAGCCAGCAACCAGCAGAUGAAAACCAUAUUAAAAGAAGAUAAAAGACUGCAACCCAGAAGACUACAAGACAGUUUUGAGAGAGAGUUGGCUCCGGGCAGCUCCAACGGUCACCAGACACUCCAGAGCAGAGACUCUGAGCACCUGCUGUCCUCCAAGGCUUUCCUUAAUUUCAGAUUUGACAGAGAUGCCAUCAUGAAAUGUUUUGACUACUGACAUGGCUGAUGAAGCUCUGUGCCUAUCAGCAUCAAACAGACUGUCUUAUCUUGUAGUCCAGACAAGGAUGUUACUGCCCUUUUCCUUCUUGCUUGUCAUGAACACACAUAGGGGAGUCGCUCUUCUUUUCUCAUCCAACAAAUCAGCUUAAAGGGAUGUUCACCUAACAUCCAUCUGUCCAAGGUGGAAUCCUAACUUGUUCUUUGAAUACCUAAAUUCACAAUUCAGUCUGUGGGAGACAACACACAGAUCAUGGAGAGGACUGCUCUAAAAGGUUUUGAGAACAUAAUGGAUUCUAAGCACAUACGAGUUGUUACAGUAAUAUGCUAAAAGAAAACAAAGUCUGUGAUAUGUUAUUGCUCAUGUUAUAUACUGAUUUUAAGAGGUAAUAAUUUUGGUCUUAAUCAUUUUCUCCAUUUCCUUUAUUACCAAAAUUACAUCAAAUUUUAUCCAGGAACAUAGAAUAUAAUGAUUAAUUUAAUCAAUAAAAAAGUAUCUUGGGAAUGGGAGAAAAAGUGGGCUUCACCUGUGCGAGUUGCACCUCUUUCAAUACACUUUUCACUUUGUUGUAUGGAAUUCUGUGGCUGCCAAUAUUAAGAUGAAUUCACAAGAUUCAUUUGAAAAAUUGAUAAUCGGGCCAGAAAAAUUCCAAAUUGAAAUGAAAUUGGCAUAUAACUUUCAUUAUACUCCAAAGUGUAAAUAUAUCUCACUGAUGUGACAAAAAGAUAAUAAAUUAAUUGGUUGACAGGUUGCAGCCUUCUUGGUAAUUGCAAUUCCAAUUGAAAUGCAAAUAGAAUACUGUAUUCUCAAAUAUGCACAAAAUGGACAACAUGAACCUAAAAAUGAAAUUGCAAACCAAAGUCAAUUUCACAUUCUGUAUUUCACAUUGACUUUCAUUCAUAUCUUGGUGGUGUUGUGUCCAGCAGCACACUGAAACACUGGUCUAUGUAGUUUUCAUUGCCAGUGUGAUUUUGACAGUAAUUGUGCAUUUUAUAUCAUAUGUGAAAACUGGAUUUUAACAUUUUAAGUAUGCCCACACAAAAGGAUAAUACAUCUAAUUUUCAUAGUUUUACCCACAAACUUCCAUAAAUAGAUGUGAUUUGCCUUAAAGUGACACACAUCCCUGUUGUGUAUUUGUCGGUUUUUAGCAAUCCAGGCUGUUCUUCCCUGCAGAUUUCAGGGUUUACACGUUUAAAUUCAUGUUGAGGUUUUGUAGAUCAGAAGUUUUCAACCAUGUUCUUCAUGAUACACGUGUUAGAUGCUAUAGUGUUUUGUUGAUACACUUUAGUAGCUAACAGACACUUGAGUUUUGUGCAUGCUGGAGGGACCAUUGCGUUAGACUACUGUGAGUUAUUCUCCCAAAGGGCUACAUUAAAGGAUUUCUUGCCACUAGAGCUGAAAACAUUAACAAAGGCCAUUUUUAUUGAUGUUCAACCCACAGUCAAACAAUUUAUAUUUUUUCAGGGGAUUAUCUUAUACGUACUUGUGAGAUAACUAAAUCUGGAUGUGAGCUCUCUUUUUUUUGUGAUUUUCACCGGGGGUUCUUUGUCAGGAAUACAGAUGGUGAUCUCAAGUUGUCUAGUCUUUUGACAUAAAAUGUGAAUAUUAAUAAAGUCUGUUUUUUCCAC